UCGCAAACCCUUCUCGCCGCCCUCCCCAACACCAAGCCUCAUCAGCCAGCUCCUUCUCCUCCUCGUCCUGCGGCGGCGGCGGCGGCGGCCGAUUCCGCACGCCGUAUUAUUCAAUGGCCACCAAAUCCCACAAGAAGAAGAAGCCGUCCGCCCCGAACCCGCCUCUCGACUCCAAAGCCCCCUCCUCUGACCAGAAGCCUAAGAAGCAGAAGGCGAGAGACGAGAUCGACGAGAUCUUCAGCGCCGCCAAGUCCGGCAAGAAGCGGAAGCCGCCGCAGCAGGAAGAGGGCAAGGUGACCAAGAUGUCCAAGAAUGGGGCCGAGGGGGUCAAGAAGAAGAUGAAGGACAAGACGCCGAGGAGUAAGGACAAGGGUAGGGCCCCGGACGACGACGACGAUGAGGUCGAGGAGAAGCGGCCGCGGCGGCGCACGGCGGACGGGCUCACCAUAUACUCCGCCGAGGAGCUCGGGUUCGGCAAGGCCGGCGCCGGCGGCACCCCGCUGUGCCCCUUCGACUGCGAGUGCUGCUUCUGAGCUUCUUGUGGGCUACCUCUUCUAUGCCAGAGGUGAUGCGCUGAGGUUAAUUCAGUGUAGUUGUAUCGCGCUUGAUGAAUUCUACGACGAGUGUGGUUUUAUUUGUGCUCUGAUGAAAUGAAAAUUUGGUUCCUGUGCUAUUACUAUGCUCCUGGAUGAAAGGGACAUUUAUGAGAGGCUAGAUCGAUGAUAUGGCAUGGGUGAUGCCAAAACUAUGCUGAAAUUCAGAGUCGCCAUAACGCUAAUACAUUAUAUCCUAGAGUUUGGUUGACCA